UAAUUUUGACGUUUGUUCGGCCGGUUCGUGAAGUCUUGUGAGGAUUUUCGCCUUCUUUAACUUUUUGGAUUUUUGUUUCACAGCGUCCGAAAUUUGUGCGAAAAUAAAUCCGCUUGAAUCCAAAGAACUAGAGCCUUAACUGUCAACGCAAAAUGUCCGCCUUCCCGGGUACAUUCGCCUUCGACGAAUAUGGUCGUCCUUUUAUAAUUUUGCGCGAACAGGAACGCGAAAGGCGCAUCACGGGCAACGAUGCUAUCAAGAGCCACAUCUUGGCAGCACGUCAAAUUGCCUCUACCCUGAAAACCUCGCUCGGUCCCAAAGGUUUGGAUAAGAUUAUGGUUAGCUCUGAUGGCGAUGUUACAGUUACAAAUGAUGGUGCUACCAUUUUGAAGUUAAUGGAAGUCGAUCACGAGAUUGCCAAGCUAAUGGUGCAACUGUCACAAUCACAGGAUGACGAAAUCGGUGAUGGCACAACCGGUGUCGUUGUUUUGGCAGGCGCUUUGCUUGAGCAGGCUGAGAGUCUCAUCGAUCGUGGUAUUCACCCCAUUCGUAUUGCUGACGGAUUCGAAUUGGCUGCUCAAUGCGCUGUAAAGCAAUUGGAGGCUAUUGCAGAGCCCUUCCCGAUCGACCCGAAGCACAAGGAACCCUUGGUGAAGAUUGCUAUGACCACACUUGGCAGCAAGAUCGUGAAUAAAUGUCAUUUGCAAAUGGCAACCAUGGCCGUCGAUGCUGUGUUGAAUGUGGCCGAUAUUGAGAAAAAAGAUGUCAACUUUGAACUAAUUAAAAUUGAGACUAAGGUUGGUGGUCGCAUGGAAGAUUCAAUGCUGGUGAAAGGUGUGGUGAUCGACAAGACCAUGAGUCAUGCACAAAUGCCUAAAGUGCUGAAAGAUGUAAAGCUUGCUAUUCUCACUUGCCCAUUCGAACCACCAAAGCCCAAGACCAAGCAUAAGUUGGAUGUCACUUCGGCCGAGGACUACCGUGCUUUGCGCGAAUAUGAGCAGGAGAAAUUCGCUUUGAUGAUCAAGCAAGUUAAAGAUGCUGGUGCUACCUUGGCCAUUUGCCAGUGGGGUUUCGAUGACGAAGCUAAUCAUUUAUUGCUCCAAAACGAACUGCCUGCUGUACGUUGGGUGGGUGGACCCGAGAUUGAAUUAAUUGCUAUUGCUACUGGUGGCAGAAUUGUGCCACGCUUC